AUGGAGGAGCUGAUUGAGCUGCUGAUGGCCCUGCCGACCUGGGAACGCAAGCUGUGCCCCCAAGUCACUGCCGGAAACCUCGGCCGAGUAGUUGACGCCAGAUCUCCAAGGCCCAUUUGGACCCGCUGGCACGUGUCCUUGUGCAUCAAGGCCGUUGUCGGUAGCUCCAUCCACGACCCCUCCGUCCCCACAUCUCCCUCCGCCUGA